AUGCUAGAUCCGACUGAUCCAAACCAAUUAAACGACUUCCUGUUAAGUAUGAAUACUACAAAUUACUUGUUGGACGAACCAGUAGAAGAUAAUGUUCUUCUCAAUUAUAUGACUUCAACUAUCAAUUAUGCACAAGAUAACAACAGCGAAGGUGUUCCCGCGCUAGCAUUACAACAGCAACCACAAGCGUCACAAGUUCCAAUAAAUGGUGCCGUGCUAGGUUUAAUGAGUGCUACCAAUCUAGACCCAUCCGGGAAUAGCAGUUCAGAAAGUAGUUAUAAUGCUGGUCAAUCUUACUACGGUUCUUAUAUUGAACUGCAACAGCAAUCAUACAGGUCGGCUUCAUCGUCAAUAUAUUCCGAUCCACCACAGAAACAACAGACCUUUGUUGCCCAAAAGGGGAUAGAUUCUGUUGAUUAUAAUGCCAACAGUUCCAAUACUACACCAAUCCAUGACAACAGCAAUAUUGCUUCAUCAAUGAACUCUUUGUUCGAUACAAACACCGCACAUUCAUUAUCAUACAACUACCAACCUACAUCACAGUUCAAUAGUGUUAUUUCUCCAAGAAUUAACUUUGAAAUACCACCUCAUCAAUUCCCACAACAUCCGACUGCCGCUGCUAUUCCUUCGGUGCAUGACAAUAUACAAUAUUCUAAUGGUCAAGCAAGACAGAAUCCUAGGAAAAGAUCGGUAAGUUAUUAUUCCAGUCCAAGCAUAAAAUCAGAAGCAGGUACUCCACAAUUGGGUAUGACUACCAAGAGAAGAUAUAGAGUUGUCAGAGGUGUUUCUGCUGGUGGUUGCACAACCAGGCCACCUAAAGAAUCUAUUGAUAGCACGUCGUUGUAUCUUCCAACUGAAUUGAAUUUGGUUGGUGCAUCAGUUGAUGAUAUAUGUUAUCCUAAAUGGACUAAGUCUGAAAAGGAAGAUAGAAGGAGAAUAAUAAGAAUUGAAAGAAUACAAAAUGGUCCUAAAUUAUUAGCUAAUUUUACCAUUGUUGGCGGUGCUAAUGAAAAUCCAAUCACCUUGCCUCCACCUCCAAAUGUUGAUGUUGUUGAAGUUUCUUGUUUGGAAUGCAACGUUAAGGUUAAUGAUUUUGAAUCCCCUUAUGAUUCUCAAUCUUCUGAUGAUGAAGGAAUGACUGGUGGCAACAAUUCACCCAAGAAUUAUAUUAAGAGUGAUGCCAACGGUGAGUACUACCAAUACUACAUUACAUCAGUUGAGGUAGUCGAGAUUGUUGAAUUAUUAAUAGGUACCCAAACCAAAGACCCUGCCGAAAAGAGAAGAGAAAGAGGUAGAGUAAGGUCGAAUUUAGUUCCAUUCUGGUCAAAGAAACCAAUUAGUUCUAGAAUGAAUGAAAACGGGACCAUGCAACAAAGUCACUCAUCCGUACCAACUAACCAGGAUUAUCGUGUUGAAUUAGCCAAGAGAAUUAUGGGGUAUGAAAUCAGAAAGCCAAGAGGCUUUGAUAAAGAGGUCCGUAUUUUGAGAUGGGACAAAUUGGUACCUGCUUUAAAGAGAGCUUUACAAAGUUACUAUACAGAGAUACCUCAAUGUGACGCUCAUUUACAAUUCUAA